UCACUGAUAAAACAAACAGCCUGCAACACUGAUUUUGUGUCACCUCUAAUUCGAAGGUUUGUUUACCAAAAAAAGGAAACCGGCUGAAAUGGCCGAUUCGGACUCAAACGAGGUCCUUAUAGAGGAAAUAGACAGCAACGAUGUGCCGGAGAACGAGCUGGAGCAGUUCCAGGAAACGGAGCCACUGCGCGUGGUGGACAUUAUCGACUGCGACGCCGAUGGCGAGCGUCGCAGCUUCGAGGCGGAUGAGGAGGAGGGAGCUCUAAUCAAGCGCUAUGUGCAGGGCGUCCAAUGUCUGGAGUUCCCUGAUUUUUGCACCAAGCUGGAAGCCAGCGACGAGGAUGAGGAGGAGGAGGAGCUGGUGGCUCCUACCGUGGAGCAGCCUCGCACUUCUGUGGCACAGGCGAAGCCACCAACGCAAGACCAACAGCCUUCAGGAAGUGGACGCUCCACAGGUGGCGGUGGAUUUCGCAAGAGCCAGCUGAGCACUGCCCUCCAGGGAUUGAUGGGCGAGGCUAACUUGAGCUUUGUGUACGGACGCUUCGAAACCGCCGAGCGCAUCUGCAUGGAGAUCAUCCGACAGAACCCGCUGGCCAGCGAACCAUUCUACACGCUGGCCGAGAUUUAUGAGAACCGCGACGAGGUCAAGUUCCUCAAUUUCUCCACCCUGGCGGCCCACCUGAAUCCCCAGGAUCGGGACAUGUGGAUCCGAGUCUCCGAUCUGCUUGUGCAGCAGGGCAACCUGGCCCGUGCCCGCCUCAUCUACACCAAGGCCAUCAAGAUGCUGCCCAAGGUCUACCAACUGCGUCUGCGGAAGGCGCAACUGCUGCAGAAGAUGGGCGAAACCAAUGCCUCCAUGUUCACGUACUUGAAGAUGCUGCCCCUGAUGCCGCCGGAGGAGUGGAAGAUGUGCCUGAACACGGCCAAGAAUGUGGCCCGCUACUUCCACGUCCUGGAGAAGCACACCUUGGCCCUGGAGGCCAUGGAGGGGGCGUACAGCGUGUGUGGGGCCCGCUUCACCCUGGAGGACAUCAACAUCUACCUGGAGCUACUGAUCCUCAACAAGCAGUAUGCCAAGGUCUUAAGGUGCCUGAGGGAGCGCACCAACUUCGAGCUGGAGAACGACCAGGAGGAGAGUCUGGAACUCAUAUUCUUCUGCGAGAUCCCCGACGACUUUGUGCCCGAGCUGCGGGCCAAGCUGUGCGUCAGCAUCAUCCACAUGCGGGCCCACCACCUGCUGGGCUACCUCAUCCAGAAUGUCCAGGAGCACAUCACUCUGACGGCGGAUCGGGUGGAGCUGUACAUGGACAUCACGGAGGCACUGAUGCAGGAGCACAAGUACGCCGAGGCCAUUGCGCUAAUGAGUCCCAUCACGGAUGGCGACACCGUCGAAUGUCCAGCGUUUGUGUGGCUUCGACAGGCCGAGUGCCUGCGUCAGCUGAACCGCACAAACGAGGCUAUCCAAAGCUAUGAGAAGGUGGUCCAGCUGGCGCCCUUCUGCUACGAUGCGCGCUUCACCCUCUCCGCCCUGCUGAAACAGCAGGGCAGGCACGAGGAGGCUGUCCAGGCACUGGAGCAGCCAGGUGAGGCCGAGGGCCAACCGCUCAUUGCCCGCCUGCUGUACGAGCGGUGUGUGAUGCUGCAGCAGAUCGGGCGCAUCGAGGAGUUCCUGGACGUGGGCUAUGCCCUGCUCAGUCGCCACUCCAUCAAGCUGUACAACCGCGAGGAGAUGAUGGCGGCCGCCAACGGAGGCAGUGCCUACAAUUCGGAGAGUCUGAAGACCAUCAUCCAGAUGCGCAGCAAGGCGGUGGAUAAUUCAGCGGAGCAGGAUCUGCAGGAUCCUGGCAAAAGUGCCGCCACUGAGGCCUCCGAUCUGACCGUCAAGGAUGAGUUCAAUCUCUUCCAGGAACUGGUGCGUACGGCCUUUAAGCAUGGCAUGCACAGUGCCGCCGAGAAGAUAUGUUUCGCCAUGGUAACGACGAAGAGAUUUACCUACUACCACCAUGAGAUCGAGAGGAUAAUGGUGCUGACGUGCUACUACAACGACGACUGUGCCAUAGCCUUCUCGUACCUGCGGGAACUGAUAGCCAAGCAGCCCAGCCAGACGAAUCUGUGGAACAUGCUGUCGCUGAUGAUCCAGAAGGGCGACGAGGUGCGCUACUAUCGCUACAUGCGGCGGCUGAUGCAACGCCAUCCGGUGGACACCAAACCGAUGCGCAUCUUCCAGGGGCACUACCAUCUGAAUUGCGCCUCCUUUAAGUAUGCGUUGAACAUCUACAUGCCCAUACUGCGCGAGAAUCCCGAUCCCCUGGUGGCCCUCUGCAUAGCGGUGGCCUUCAACCAGCUGUCGCUGCAGAAGAAGGUGCUGCGUAAGUCGGCUUCGGUGGCCCAGGCGGUGGCCUUUGCCCAGCGCUACAAGGAGCUGCGGUCCGCUGGUCACGAGCUCUCGGAUUGCGCCGCCCAGCAGGAGAUCUACUACAACAUAGGACGCAUCUAUCAUCAGGCCAACAUCCUGCACUUGGCCGUGGAGUACUAUGAGAAGGCGCUGGCCGUGCCCCUUCAUCCGCUGAUUGCCGAGCACGAGUCCACGCUGGGACUGCAGCACGAGGUGGCCUUCAACCUGCACCUGAUCUACCGAGCCAACGGAAACAAGUGGAAGGCACGCCAGUAUCUGAUGCGUUAUUGUGUGGUCUAAUCAGCGAUCUUUAUAUAAAACGAUUUCAACCAAGAGGUUAAGCAUUACAAAUGGUGUAAAUAGCUUUGUAUUCAUAAGCAUAAAAUAUGAAGUGACUGAAAACACUUUUGCACGACUAACUAAGGAGAUUUAGUUCUUAAAAACCCACAUAAAUUAAGGUUAAACCAUUUGAAUCACCUUUAGAAGCACUUAUAAAUUAAAUACUACUUUUUUGUAAUGACUAAGUCAGAAGAAAGUUCUGGAGCUACUUUGUACUAUUACUGCAGAGAUAAGAACCUUUUUAAAAUGCAUUGUUUUCCCAUUGUGUGUAUAUAAAAAACAAUAGGUCCUAAAAUCCCUAUCACUCACCAAUUGCUUUUUUCCAAAACUGAUCCCAUUUUAAAUUUUAAAAUUAAGAAUCUUUAUAUUAUUUGAAAACGUUUUUAUUUUGCGAUUGAAGAACUAUUCAGUACUGAAAUCAAGCAACAGCUACCAGUCGCCUUUAUAGCGUCAGAAGAACAAUAAAGGGGACUACCAUUAUUUCACUCUCUUAUCAGUUGAAAAUGUAAUGUGCAGUGCUGCAGGUUACAUGAUUUUUAGAACUCUGUUUAAACAGACGUCUGUAAAACAAGUUAAUCAAUAGUAUUUCCGAUUUUUUGCAAUUAUAGCCAAGUCAUUAUAGGGGCCAUUACUUUUUUCUAAUGAAAGCCCUUCGAUUACACUUAAUUAGUCACCUAAUGUUAUUGAGCUAAGAGUAUUCGGUUUUAUUUGAAAGCUUUAAGUGAUUAAAACGGAAAUCUAGCAAGGGUUUCGUAAUCUCUUAUUUUUAUUCAGCUGGUUCAGGAUUAGAAUUUUAUUUUAGUCGUGCAGUCAAUAAUGUUGAUAAAAAUAAAAUUGUUUAGGUUUAACUAACAAUAAAGUCUGACUCUAUUUAUACAACAUUUCUGUUGUGGUACGUUUGCAAAGGGUUUGGACAACAAUAUAAUUAUUUGGUGUCUAGAUAAUGUGCAUAAAGAAUGUGCUUAAAUAUUUAGGAUU